AUGUCUACCUUAGAAGCCGUUCUAGCCGGCAAAUAUCCGGCCAAAUCCCACGCGCGUCGGGUUGCUGAACACCUGAAGGCACGUGGGCAUGACGGCCCUGGUGUCAUUUAUUUGGAGGCGCAAAAGACCCGUCUAAUCGAAGACAAUGACGAGCCCAUGCCUUUCAGGCAGCGCCGUCCCUUUUUCUAUUUGUCAGGAUGCCUGCUUCCUGAUUCUUAUCUAAUAUAUGAUGUGAACGCCGACAAACUGACUCUGUUUAUCCCCCCGGUUGAUCCCGAGGAAGUCAUCUGGUCUGGCCUCCCUCUUUCCCCAGCCGAGGCCCUGGAGCGCUAUGACGUCGACAGCGUGCUUGCGACGACCGAGCUCAACGAGUCUCUCCUUUCUAUCGCCUCGGUAUAUCAAGGAAAUGCCGUGGCUUUUGCCAUUGCAGACCAAGUCUCGAGUGAGACUAAAUUCGAAGGCUUUCUUGAAACCAACUACUCCGUCCUGAAGGAGUCCAUCGAAAGGACCCGCGUCGUGAAAGACAGCUACGAGGUUGCCCUCCUAAGGAAAGCAAACGAAAUUUCUGCAAAGGCACACGUUGCAGCCAUCCAAGCCUCUAGGUCCGCAAAGAAUGAACGUGAAAUCGAAGGUGCAUUCAUUGCAGCAUGCAUUGCGAACGGCGCGCGUGAGCAAUCCUACCACCCAAUCGUCGCUCGCGGCGAGAAUGGGGCCACCCUCCAUUAUGGUAGAAACGAUGAUAGCCUGAGUGACCCCGUGUCUCAGCAGAAGAAGGGAAGUGUACUCAUCGACGCCGGAGGGGAGUAUCGUACGUACUGCUCCGAUGUUACCCGUGUUUUCCCUCUAGGUGGCAAAUUCGCAACAGAGACUCGACAGAUCUAUGAGAUUGUCCUCCGAAUGCAGAGUGAGUGCAUUGCGAUGCUCAAGGACGGUGUCCAGUGGGAGGACGUACAUGCCCACGCGCAUCGAGUCGCAAUCAGUGGAUUGCUAGACUUAGGGAUCUUGCGCGGCGCGAAGGACGAGCUGUUCGACAAAAGAAUAAGUGUCGCGUUUUUCCCCCAUGGACUGGGGCAUUACCUUGGAAUGGACACUCAUGAUACUGGAGGCAAUCCAAACUAUGGAGACAAGGACUCUAUGUUCAAAUAUCUGCGAGUAAGAGGUCGUCUGCCGGCGGGAUCAGUAAUCACCGUUGAGCCAGGAAUCUACUUCUGUCGCUUUAUCAUUGAGCCUUUCUUGAAGUCUCAUGAAACAAGCCAAUACAUUGAUGCUAAUGUCCUGGAGCGUUAUUGGAGCGUUGGCGGAGUUCGCAUCGAAGACAACAUUCAUAUCACGAAGGAGGGAUACGAAAACCUGACCACAGCCCCGAAAGCUAUCGAGGAGGUAGAGGGAAUGGCACAGUAA